AUGAAGCGCCACUUGGUCCAAUACGCACUAGCAGCCCAAAAAGUCCAACCAAUUCCUCAAACUGCCAUUGACAUAAAGAAGAACGCUCAUUCGUCCCUGCAAGAUAGUCGUAUGGGUGAUCUUGCGAAGAAUAUGGGCUCCUGCAGGCUGGACAUAUACCACCUUCCAAAUGAAAUUUUAGUUGAAAUUAUCUCGUGCUUCAUUCCACGUGGCGGCCUCUGCGUCUCAAACCACCCCGAGUACCAAUCCGACUUUGCCACAAUUGGGUCGCUUCUGAGGGUCAGUCGCGCGGUGAGAGACGAGAUCUUUCAUCGUAUAUUCAAUCUACCAUUACAUAUUUACAUUACGAGCGGAAACGAAUGUCGCUGUCAGUAUGGGACGAGGCCUUUCGACAAGACAUCCUUGGGCAAGGCUGCCGCUCUCCCAUUGCGCAGAUUCCAAGAGAUUGUUGUGACUUUUGUUCCAUACUUUUUGAAGCCGCCAUGCGGCCACAGUAACCAGGACGAAUGGAACGCUGAAUUUCUGAAUGGUGAAAGAGGAGUGCGGAAAUUCAGGAGAGAUAUGCAUUGCAUAACACGCCAGUCCUGGGUCCUCGCAGGAGCAAUGGAAAGACAUCCAGACAUAAGGGCGGAAGGUCUCCCUCGCUUCAGGUUCAGAUGGGAUGGAAGCAAGGGCGUCGACGAGGCAAAUAUGUCACGGAGGAUACCUUUAUGGGAGGUUUUGGUGCUUGAGUGGCCACUGGAGAGGUGGCGAUGGGUCGCCACUCCGGAGACCUUGCGCCAUAACCCGCACCAUCAGAUCGACUUGCCAGAGAAAAUCGUGACUGCAAUUGUCAGAAUCUUCAAGGUCGACCACGACUAUGUCAUAACCGGGGAUCCUCUGGAAGAGUGCUCGAGGCUGGUCGCUCGUUCUUGGAAAGGUCUCUGGCAAGGAUUUCAGACGGAUUCGACUUGGUCUAUUUUACAGUCCUCGUUCCAAGAGAACAGAAUCAACCUUCGUUUCAUCAUCACCGUCAGAAAGGAUGCAGGAGUCAGUGGUGCAGGAUGUACAUAUGAAGCAGAGUGCAUACUUCAACAGACGCGGACGUCCUGA